GAUGGCGCUCUCAGCAGCAACUUCGCAACAAAAAAUGACUCGCACAGAUUGGAAAAAAGAAAAAGAAUUGGAAGAAGCCAGGAAAGCAGGAACUGCUCCAGCCUUGCAGGAUGAAACAGGAAAAGACAUCAAUCCACACAUUCCUCAAUAUAUUUCAGAUGCCCCUUGGUAUUAUGGAACCACAGGACCAACUCUCAAACAUCAGAGACCGCAGGAGGAGAAGCAAGAAAGAUUUGCACAGAUAGACGCCUCGUACAAACGAGGAGUAAAGGAGACGGCUGCAAUAAAAUAUCGCAAAGGAGCGUGUGAAAACUGCGGUGCAAUGACUCAUAAAAAGAAAGAUUGUUUAGAGCGGCCUCGGCGUGUUGGAGCGAGGUUUACUGGGGAGGAUAUUAAACCAGAUGAACAUCUUCCAGACCAGUUGAACUUUGAUUACGACGGAAAAAGAGAUCGGUGGGUCGGAUAUGAUCCUGAGGAACAUCAAAGAGUGCUUGAGGAAUAUCAGAAGAUGGAAAUGGCUAAGCAACAACUGAAAUCUGAUAAACUGCAUCAAGAUCUGAUGGAUGGAAAGAAAAUUGAGGAAAAGGAAAAGUUGAGCGAUGAUGACGAGGAAGACGAAGACAAAUACGCUGACGACGUCAUUAUACCAGGACAGAAAUUUGACAGCAAGAGACGGACAACUGUGAGAAAUUUACGUAUCAGAGAAGAUACAGCCAAGUAUUUGUAUAAUUUGGACCCAAAUUCAGCGUAUUACGAUCCGAAAACCAGGUCAAUGAGAUCAAAUCCAUUUGGUCUGAAAGAUAUUGCGGGAAAAGACGUCACGUAUCAAGGCGAUAACUUUGUUCGGUAUUCGGGCGAUACUAGGAAAAUGGCGAAUACGCAAUUGUUCGCAUGGGAAGCCUAUGAGAAAGGAACAGACGUCCAUCUCCAAGCAGAUCCGACCAAGUUAGAACUCUUACAUCGUGAGUAUAAGGUUAAGAAAGAAGAUUUCAAACAAGAUUUGAAAGGUGGAGUUCUGGAGAAGUAUGGAGGUGAAGAACAUCUGAAUGCGCCACCAAAAGAAUUGCUGUUUGCACAAACUGAAAAUUACGUUGAAUAUUCAAGAACGGGUGAAGUUGUUAAAGGUCAGGAAAAAGCCAUCCAGAAAUCAAAGUACGAAGAAGAUGUCCACGUGAACAAUCAUACGAGUGUCUGGGGCUCGUAUUGGAUCGAUGGAAAAUGGGGUUAUGGCUGUUGUCAUUCUCUUUUGAGGGGCUCGUAUUGUACUGGUGAUGCUGGGAAACACGCUUAUUCUCAAGGACUUCCAGCGAUCGAGCAGAAUGAUGAUGGCGGACGAGAGGAGAAGUCUUUAGUUGAGCUUCACGAUGAGAAACGAAAGAAAAACAAGAAAGAUAAGAGUAAAGAGAAGCGGGAAAAUCCAGACGAACUUGACAAAGACAAGCUUAAAAAGGCUUUGAAAGAAGAGGAAAAACAGCAACAACACGCAAAUAAAUUGCUUCAAAUGGACGAGCGAAAACGAUCAUAUAACUCUCUGAAACGAGACUACCACGAAGUCACACCUGAAGAACUAGAAGCGUACAAAAUCAAAAGGCACAACACUGAAGAUCCAAUGAACAGUUUUUCAAGAUAACACAAUUCAAAGAUAUGUAAAAAAACAUGUAUAAAGCCCUGUACAUAUCUGACCAUGUUUUGAACCCAAAAUAGUUUUAAAAUGGACCCUGCAUACUCAGUUAUUAAGCUCUAAUCACUUCAGGGAUAAAUAACUGUGCAAUUAACAUAGGAACUGUUAAUUCACAUCUUUCAAACUUUGAAAAGCAAAGACACACAACUGAGAUAUUAACCAUUUCAAGACCUAUGAAAAUAAUUUUUAGUAUUCUCAGACAAGGCCCGAAUUGUUUGAAGAUGAUUUACUACAGAUUCGAACUUCCAUUGGAUAAAUACGUAUUCAAUACUUUUGAAGCAAACGAAAUUUAUUAAUGUU